AUGUUGCGUAGCAUCCUGCUUUUGAGGGUUUUAGCUCUCAUUCCAAACAUGAUCACAAACGCGGUCCCUGCAAACGCGAAAAAUGACGACCCAAUCCCCAUCGACAAACGCACAGCAGAAGAAAUCAUCUCUCAGCUCAAUCUAACCGCCAACGUUGAGAAGGGCUACUACAUCCAAACCUUUCAGGAUCCAGACGUCAACUCCAAUAAUCGCUCCGGCUCAGCGGGAUCUUCGACGUGGCACCGUGUUGACGCAGCUGAAGUGUGGCACUACUACGCUGGGGCACCACUGACAUUGUCAUUAUCAUACAACAAUAGUAAGCCGGCGCGGGAGAAGGUUCUGGGCCUGGACGUGUUCAAUGGCCAGCAGCCGCAAGUUGUGGUGUCAAAAUUUGAGUGGCAGCGUGCUAGAAAUUUAGGGGAUUGGACGUUGUGUGGGACUACUGUUGCGCCUGGGUUUGUCGAGAGCGGAUUUGAGAUGCCAGGGGCGUAUUGGAAACCUGAAGAUUCAAGUACACAGAAAUGGAACUCGUCAUAUUGCCCAAUUACCAAGCGGCGCCACAUCGAUAUCCAUUCUGAGACAGGAGAAAUAGACAUGAAUCAAGGAAAGCAAUGGCUCGGCACCAAUGACGAAGAAAAAAAAUUCGCCAAAAUACAAGCUUAUAACUACGCCAAUUUGACUUCAUGGAUACAUGACAGUCCUCUCUAUGAUGCCGAUAUCUUCUGGGCAGAUCGCCAUCUACUUGUACGGAGUCUGCAUAUAUCCUCUGUAAAAUGA